CCGCCCCUUUCCCCAGAUUGUCGCCCACCGGCAACAGCAGGAACAACCUUGGUCACGUCUUCAGUACAAAACCCAUAUUAUUACCACACCGACGAACGAGAAUAACGAACCACACCUACACCCCUCUACUACCCAAUACCUCCGACUUAGUAGUCUGUCGUUUCGCAAAUCAUGGCUUCUGACAACCUGGUGGCCAGUGACCUCCGUCACGGAGGCACGGAAAGCAAGCGCUUCCACGACCACAAGGCGAAGUGGGCAUAUGGCGGCCGCAGCGCCAGUUGCAGAGCGCACGUCACCGAGGGUUUUGUCAUCGCACGCCCUGCUAUGCCCAGGACUCACUUUAUGAACUCUACUCGUGCUCUCCGAUUCGACCGCAAAGCCGAAUCCAACCGGAUCGCUAGCACCGCGAAGCUUGCCCUACGUGGCGAUAUCAGCGAGGCGCUCGACAGCGACUCCUCGGGCUCCUCCAGCGGAGAGGAGGUGGACGAACCCACGGCGGCCCAAACACUGCCGGUGGGCGCGGUCGACCCGUUUUACUCCACGUCGGGACAGACUCUCUUAUCCGAUGCUGUGAGCAAGGCCAUCGAGAAGUUUGAAACCAAGGAGACGGAGAAGCUCGCCAAGGAGUAUGAGAUGGUGGUGCCGGAGCAUGAGUCCCUUGCCCGCCGCGUGGCUGUUGACGGCGAUUUCGAGUUGGUUGAUCGUGUGGAAUUAUAGGUCGCUCGCGCGUGCUUGUUGCUGCUUUUAUUAUUCCCCUUGUAUAUUUGCUUACUCUUUCUGGUGCUCCGUUGGUCGUUCGAGUCGUUAUGGAGUUGUGUUAGACUGUUUCAGCAUCGGAUUCACUGUACUAGAUUGAGACUGAGAUAGCUGCUUUUUAAUUCUCUGACUGACCUGGACAUUGUUAGUGUUGCGGCUGUUUGUCGUCAGUCUUUAUUGAACA